AUGGUGUCCAGGAAGGAAAACAACGCUGCCCAUUCCCAGCAACAAGGAGGCUCUUCCUCUUCUCAGACGAAGAAGACCACACCCAAUGUUGUUGUAGGCAGCGGAAGUAAUGGACAACAACAACAUCAAACACAACAGCCUCCCACUGGUUCGGCAUGGACUGGAGUCAAGCCAGCAUCGUUGAGUCAAAAGUCAUCAUCGGCUGGUUCUAUGGGUAAUGGCGGUUCUGGUGUUGGAAAUAUUACAACAACAACAAUAUCAUCAUCAAUGGUGAAUACCACCUCCAACAAUACCGAGAGUAAUCAAGCAUCAAAACAACAACAACACAGAAAGAGCGCAUCUCCAAGUAAUAAGCAAGUUGCUUCAUCUUCCAACACGAACGCCACUACUUCCACUGGAGGAAGCCAGAAGGGAGACUCUCGUCCCAACAAAAGCGGACAGCAACAACAACCUAUUGAUGCAUCGUCAACAAAAGCCUCUCCAUCGCAACAACAACAACCUCCACAGCAACCAUCGACAACUACGACAUCCACAAAUCAGCAAGUCGACUCUACACCACAUCCAAAAGCCGAAGUUAACAGAAAGAGAAUCAAGUUCUUGUUCACUAAUUUUGUCGGUCAUGUGGUUGAUGUUAUCAACAGCUCCGGAGACGUCUAUGAAGGUAUCUUUCAUACUGCUAGACACGACACUAAAUACAAUGAUUUUGUGUUCGUGUUAAAGUUGGCUAAACUCGUUCGUGGAGCAAACCAUAGUACAUCCACUCAACAAACCAUUCAUGAAACUAUGACAUUCAAAUCAAAGGACAUUCAACAAAUUUAUGCCAAGAACAUUACCUUCAAGGCUCAGAAAAUUUUGAAUGGAUUUAAGACUGAUACCGAAAUUUCUAAUAGACAACAAACUGAAAAGGAACUUAUCAAGUGGCAACCUGAAGAGGGUGACAGUGAACUUGUUGCUCUUGAAGAAAGUACAUAUGCUCCAAGACAAUGGGAUCAAUUCUCUGAAAAUUUAAACAAAUUUGGUGUCAAAUCGACCUAUGAGGAGCAUCAUUAUACAACAUACCUUGACAAAAAUUCGGAAUUUUAUAAACUGCACGCUGCUAAAGCAAGUAAAAUUGCAGAAGAAAUUGAGAAGAGUAGCCCUUCCGUGAAUAACAUACACAUUUUGGAAGAAAGAGGAUUAUUGGAGCAAACUGAAAUUUCUGAAGAGGAUCUGUAUAGCUCUGUUAUUCGUGACGAAAAAAGCAUUCCAGGAGUUAAAAAGCCAAAGAAGCAGCCACAAGCAAAGCAAGUCACUCAACAACAACAACAGGCAACUACAAGUGCAUCACCUUCAAGCUCUCCAAAAUACAUUCCUCCACAUAAGCAGCAAAAACAGGGUAAUGCAACUACUCCAAUACAACAACAGACCACACCAGUUGUAACUACAACUACUACGACAACUCCAACAAUCGAAUCUUCGAAAGAACCCAAAGCAUUGGCACCAAUUGAUACCAAGUUGCAAACAGGCAAAUCACGUUCAGUCAGCCAAGUGGUCGCACCACAACCUUCCUUGUUAGAAAAUAAUGCUACUAGUGCCUCAAGCACAGCUGAAGACUCUACUCAAGACGGAUCACCAAAACACAAGGGACUUCCUGCUCACUUAGUUUUGGAAAAUAGAAGUAGUAGAAGCAAUUCUUUCACUGCUGGAACUGUACCAAACAUUGAAGAACAUAAGAGUGUUUUGUUACAUCUGACAUCUGCAAAACCCGUAUCAAGCAGCACCAAGCCAUUGAGUCCAACACUUCCAUCCUCUCCUCUUAGUUUUAAGCCAGCAGGUAGCCCUGGAACUCCAGUAAUUAAGGAAAGUAUUUUGGCAUUAGGAUUACAAACAACUACUCCUAAAAUAUCGGAACAAGCUGCUGAAGCUUUCAUUGAAUACAGAAAGAGAAAGAAUUCUGAUGCCGCAGCUAGAAAUAGAGAAAAUGACAUUAAGAUCUUGAAAGAAACUAGUUCACUUUUAGACUCAAAACUCAAGAAAUUCGUAAGCUCUCCAUCAACACAAACACCAACCGAUGAAACUGCUAAGGAGCAACAACCAUUGAAAGAAGCUUGGAAAGAACAACCCAAAGAGCAGCCAACUGAACCAUCAAAGGAACAACCAAAAGAUGCACAACCAGCCACAACUACAGUUGAGGAAAAACCCAAGCCCAAAUCCACACUCAAUCCUAAUGCUAAGGCAUUUGUGUUUAAUCCAAAAUCGCAGCCAUACGUACCAAGAUCUUCACCUGUCACAACUUCUAGCAGCACUCCUCCUUCCCACGUUCCACCAACGAAUACAACAGUUAGUACUCCACCAACCAAUCAAAUGCCAUUACCAAUGCCUGUAGCCUUUGUUCCAAUGUAUCACCCACCUAAUUUUGGUUUCAUCCCUUCAUUCCAAAACCAAAUGAACAGACCAACUCCAUGGUCACAACACAAAAUUCAGGAUAUGCCAAUCCGUGACCACUUCUUUAAAAACGUCAAUUUACAGCAAGUAGAUAAGAACAUUGGACCAGCAUGGCUUGACCAAGAGGAUUUAGAAAAUAGAAAGAGCUUCAAAGAGCAAGAUGUUUCAGAUGUUGAUAGUACUGUCGUUCAAGCAAAUCCAACAUUUGUUCCAAACUAUUUUGUUCCUCAACCAGGAAUGGUGGUCAUCCCUCCUCCUGUUGGUUAUGUUCCUCCUGUGGGUUACGUUCCUCCCGUUGGACCUCCUAGUUAUUAUCCACCAACCCUACCAAAGAGAGAAUAG